UUACGGGGUUUUAUACAAAUUCCGUUUUAUAUGAUUGUUUACAGUGUGUUUAACGGAGGGUCAUGUUCAGUUGUUCUGUGUGUGACUAAAACAAGAAAAUAUUCGAAGAGUUGUAACAAAGUCUCUCCUCUCUUAACUUCUCCUUCACUGCGGGAGAACCAAAACUUUCCCGAAAUGGCAAUCUCUCGCCUCCUUCAUCCCAAACCACGGGGACUGCAUUUCAACGCCAGAGGACUUAUCCGUUCAACGAACUGUUACUUUUUUUCUUCUUUUUCCAGUGGUGGGUCUCAGAAAUUUUCGUUUUUGAAAGGAUUGAAGGCGUCAAAGGGGGGCAAAGCAAGUGAUAAAGAACCCCAGAAAGAAAGUGGGACAAGGUUUAAGGGAAUUCUAUCAAACAUAAAGCAAAUCAUUCUAGAAUGUCCUUUGUUUCAGAAAUCCAAUGCCAGGGAAAUAUCGGAUUCCAAAGUUGACACGGAAGCAUCCGAAGUUACUGUGACAGAGAAUAGUUCGCAUUCCGCUAAAUCUUUUGAGUCUGUAAGUGUACCUAAAUCACCGGAAAUCAUAACAAGGUCUCCUGGUGGCACAGAGGGUGUUUCAUCCGGUUCAACAUCUGAUACAAUUGGAGGAAAUGCUUUUGAGGGUCCAAUUGUAAAUGCAACUGCAGAGUUACAUAAAAUUCAUUACAAUCCCUAUAAGGUUGGGCUUAGUGACAUUCAAAGUAAGGUUCAGCCACCAGAAGCUGUAAUGGUUUCUCAUGGCAAUGAAAAGGACGAAUUAAGAACUUUAGCUACUGAUGUAGUGGUGGAGAACUCUUUGAAACUGAAUCAACCGAAACGACUUUCAGAUAUAUUUGUGAAAAUGCUGGAAAAUGAUGUCAAGGGAUUUGAAGGGGCAAAGUCGGAUGUACAUGGGCCAACUAGUGAAAAACUUGUAAGAUUCCUAUAUGGUACAAAUGACUUGUCUGAAAUUAUGAACUAUCUACCUGGGAACAGAACUGCUACUUCUGUUCAAAGGCCAAUUGCAACCACUAUUUCAAGAAAAAAGCAUGCAUCGUCCAAAAGUUCUUCAAGAAUUGAGGACUUGAUGAAAGUUAUUAAUAGAGAAAAGAACGAUCCAACAGCAGGAGAAAUGGCAGGUAUUUUGCGUGAUACUUUAGCACCAACUGAAUCUUCGAAAGGGAACAAAAUAGAGAAGGAAAAAAAUAGUGACUUGUCUGAAAUUAUGAACUAUCUACCCGGGAACAGAACUGCUACUUCUGUUCAAAGGCCAAGUGCAACCACUAUUUCAGGAAAAAAGCAUGCAUCGUCCAAAAGUUCUUCAAGAAUUGAGGACUUGAUGAAAGUUAUUAAUAGAGAAAAGAACGAUCCAACAGCAGGACAAAUGGCAGGUAUUUUGCAUGAUACUUUAGCACCAACUGAAUCUUUGAAAGGGAACAAAAUAGAGAAGGAAAAAAAUAGUGAUUCAAUUGAAGACAUGAAGGAGGUAUUUGGAGAAAAACUGACCAAAUCUCGCGAGAGGACAAUCUCAAAUGUAACUGAUCAAACUAACAAUGGGGGGUUCCUUAAAAAUGUUUAUGGCCUGGCUAACUUGCAGAACUCUGAUGUUAAAGGAAGACAUACAUCAUGGAAACUACUAUUAAUGCGGCUUGGAGAAGAACCAAUUAUAAAGGGUCGGGGGAGUAGAAUCUUGAAUGUGACUGAUCAACGAAGCAAUGGAGGGUUCCUUAAAAAUGUUCAGAGCCCAACUAACUUGCAGAGCUCUGAUGAUGAAAGAAGUCAUACUUUAUUAGAACCAACUAUCAAGGAUUGGGAGAGGACAAUCUCGAAUGUGACUGAUAAACUUAGCAAAAAUGCUCGGAGUGCAGCUAACUUGCAGAACUCUGAUGUUAAAAGAAGACAUUCACUAUUGAAACAUCAUAUGAGUAGCGGCAAUAUUGCACUCGACAUUAAAAAAGAGUCAAAUAUUCCUACAGAAUCCAUAAGUGACAAGGAGGAUAGCAAUUUGGAUUUAGCCAACUCUGGUCAUGUAAAAUCAGGGCCAAACUCUCAUGUGUCUCUUCCAGUUAGUAGAGAAGAGCUUAACCAUUCACAAACUUGUUUUCUUAGCAAAGAAGGAUAUAAGGAUAACGAAGUACUGGUCCGGUUUUUGACCAAAAAUGUUAAGAAACUCAAUAUCCUUGCAGCUUUCAGCGAUUGCGGGCCGAUUAUGAAGGUCGAGGAACUUUCUUCUACUAAAGAGAGCAGUUUCAAAGACUUUUUGGUACAUUUUAAGUCAAGGGAAGGUUCCCAACUUGCUCUCAAGAAAAAUGACCUUAUGGUUAUGGAAACAGAAGCCUUUGUGGAGCCAACUUCUUCAGAAGACACGGCUGGUGCGAUUAUUUCCAUUCCUGAUCCAAUUAGCGAUCCUGAGGCUCCAACUGCAUUACUGAAGAAUCCUACCAAAACAGUUAAAGUCAAAAACCUGUGUGAGGAUAUAAGCUUACAGCAGCUGAAGGAUGCCCUUGCCUUUCAUCAUUCUAGCAUAUCCAACAUCUUCUUGGGUUCUACAACUUCUGUGCUAUAUGUGGAAUUCGAGACAGAAGAUGCCAAAGAGAGGGCACUUGCACAACAAUCCAUACUUGUAUCGGGGAAGGAGUUGCUGAUCCUCAGGAUUGAUGCACCAAGGACAACAGUAGUGAGGAUAUCAAACAUUAACCCCACCAGCAAAGUCUGGACAAUAUGCAAUUCUUAUGGACAAGUGAAGUAUUUGGCAAAAAGAGGUGUGGGAGUUGUGGAUGUGCAUUUCAAGCUUGCUGAAUGGCCUAACAUGCUGAAUAUUGUUAAUAAUGCUGCAAUUACAUGCAGUUUGAAUGGAAUUGAAGCGGAUGAAAACCGGUGGCUUGCACAGCCGGCUCCUGUCUUUCCUGUUGAAAUUCUCAGAGCCCUUUGGAGUCGACCAGAAGAACGGCGACAUGUGAAUUGCGUGAUAUACAGGUUAUUGAGGGAACUUGAGGAGCCCAUCUCUGCAACUGAGUUGAGUCGGUUGACUAACCUUGCUACCAGGUGAAGACGGUAAAGCAUCGAUUUUGGCUUCUAUGGUCUGAUUGUGCGAGUGGUCGUAUUAUUCGACGGUUUCAAAAGUCUCGGGAGUGUUUUCGUAGCAAAUACGAAUCAGGUAACCCACAGACCUAGGCUGGUCGAUGCUGCAGAGUCUCACGGUGACCACAAGUUUGUGAAUUGAUUUUAAAUAAUGAUUUUAUUUUAAUUAAAGAGUAUUUCUGGGAGUUUUGUAAUUAAUGGAUUCUCUGGAAUGUUUGGUUUUAUUUUGGAUUUGGACUUUCGGUUUGACUAUUUAUUUGUGACGGUUGGCUAAAA